UGCCCGUAGCCUGCAGAUACAGGCUGCAUUAUAUUAAUUACGUGACUACAUAAAGUCGUCGUCGCCGAGAUCGUCGUCAGACAGGAAGCCGUCAUAGUCGUCCUUCUUGAACGAGGACCCGAUGUUGACCUGGCCCUUUGCCUUCUUCUUGCCCGCACCUCCCGUAGAGGUGCCUCCCGUCUUGGCGAGCCGCGCCUGUCUUUCCUCCUUCACUUUCUGUGUGAUCAUGGCGUUGAGCGUGCUCACCACCUUUCUGGUGUUCUCGACACUCAUUGGCCCACACAGGUCUCUGAUAAGGUCGAUCGCCAGAGAUGUGGAGUAAUGCAGCUGAGACUUCUUCGCCAGGUCGGUCAGGGCCGGCGAAAUCGCCUUUCUGAGUUUCUCGAAGUCCUGCUUGGUCUCGACCUCGAAUAAUGGAUGCGCACUGAUGGGAGUAUUCUUGUCCAACUUCGGGGCAGAAGCCUUGGAGGCCUGUUCAGCAGCAAGCGCCUUGGCGCGCGGAUGCUCGUUGGCAAUGCCAAGACCGCCAAAAAGGUCUGCAGCAUUGUUCAGAUCAGAGUUCAGCUCUGCUUCCUUCAACAUCUCCUUCUUUGUCUUCUCGUCAACCAGAUCGAUGUCAAGCAGUUUCUUGUCUGCAGUCUUCUUCUUGCCAGCCUUUGCCGGCUUCGCGGCCUUUGGAGCGGCCUUGGGAGCAGGCUUUUUCUCCUGCUUGGCCUUCUCAUCUUCUGAGUCCAUGUCCCAGGAGUCUAAGACUGGCUCAUCGUCCUCGAGCUGGUCUUCCCACGAUUCUGAAACUUGGGCGUUGGAGGCGGUGGGAUACUCAAAGUCUUCGUCGUCUAGCCGUUAGUCGCGAAACCUCCAUUGGCACUUACCCCAAGACAUGUCUGCUAAUUAGUACGGAAAAUUCUUUUUUUCGUCAAUCCAGGAAUAUAUCGGUCUGCGUCGAUCGUCGCCCGCCUAGUGGCAAAAAACUAUUCCAAAUACACUUGAACAUUUAUUUAUACACAGUAUCUCGAAUGUCAAAUCCGCUAAGAUUGAUACCUGGCGAAUCGCACAGCUCUCGCGUCAGCGUGACCGCCUUUGGCCAGCCUGCGCCCUCCGCCCCAGGACUCUACGAUACCUUGAGGUCGGGCGAGGGACCUCUUUCUGUCUCGUCCAAAAUCAACAACAGACACCCACUGGAGAGCAGAGUGCAGAAUUGGGACGCUACUCAGAGAGAACACCAGCUGGAAGCCUACAGACGUAUAUUUGGAGCAGCAGACCCAAUAAAGAGAGAAAUGGAGCUGAAGCUUGUGCAGGACACUGAUUUCAGGCCAGCCGUGCUCGGUGGAUCUUCGAACCUCCACAAAGACAUCCUCCUGAACAAAGAGACUAGCAUUGACUGGGAGGAUAUUUAUUCAGGUAAGUUUGCGCAGAUUACGUGUACUAACAUCUCCGCAGCCUCAGACAGACCUCCAAUGGACUUCCAUACCGAGAUGGAGAAGAGGUUUGGUAUUUGAUUGAUGGUCAGGUACCACGAGUCUUGCCCCCGUCGUGUGCUUGCAAGGCUCGACUGAAAAAAUUCGUCACGGAAAAUUUUUUCGACCACCUAUGGAGACGGUAUCUUAUAGAGACGUCAAAUACCACCGUUACGAGUAACUAGAGAAUCAAGAUGUCUCAUUCGAUGUAUGGAAAUUGGUGAGUGAAGAGCUUUUGCAGUAGUCGUGGACGAUCCACUAACAUGUAGGAACAACUCCAACACAUAUUCUAAAGAAAACACAGAACAUGUUUACAACAUGAACGGUCUGUCAAAUUCCAAUAUUUUGGCUCCUUCUCCAGGCCAGGAUGCAUUUUCACCCUUGGCCUACAACCUGCUGUCGGGGGAUCAAUCCCAGGAGCGGCCAAAUGCCCCAAUUGAAAACCAGAUGGCUGCUCUCACGGUCGACGACAGCCAUUUGAAAACGCAGGAUUUUCUGCACCCCUUCGUCGGCCAGCAGCAGUCUCCCACAGCGGCUCUCAAUGCUUUGAAAGCGCAGUUCCAGCUCCCCAAGGUGGAUCCUUCUAAUAUCAAAUGGUACUACUUGGACGCAUCCAAUAAUGAGCAGGGACCGUUUGAUUCGUCCCUGAUGCAGCAAUGGUAUUCUCUUCGAUACUUCGACUACGGCCUGAAAAUUCGCCGCGAAGAACAGCAGACUUAUAUGACUCUUGCAGAAUUUAUCCAGUCCAUAGGAGAGUAUCUUGUGCCGUUUUCCGUUCCUUUGGCUCCGGUGAUCAACCAGCCUGCUACGGCUCCAGUUUUCUCUUCAUUCCAGGAGCGAACUCACUGGACACCUUCCAAUGAGCAGAGCCAGUCGGCGUCAGUGACUCAAUCGCUUCCAGAGCCGGCAAAGACAGAGGAAGCUGCUGUGCCGAAGGUGGACGCCAGCGACAUUGAGAGAAUUGUGCGCAAGGCGUCCGGUCUGUCUGUGUCAACAAAACAGGAGACUCGGGAACCAGAGCCAGCUCCCAAGUCUGAAGGAUUGCCUGCACCAGAAAAGGCCCCAGAAAAGGCCGCAGAAAAGGCCGCAGAGCCCGUCAAGCCCAAGCCACAGUCGCCAACCACGUGGGCCCCAUGGGCUUCCAAGAGCCCUGUGAAGCCAACCAAGACCUUGGCCGAGAUCCAGUCGGAAGAGGCCGAGAGGCGCAAAAAGGAGCAAAAGGAGGCGGAAGCUGCCAAGUCUUUGGCUGCCUCACUGGCUCCAAAGCAAGAGGCUCCUAAGCCGGCCGUGGCCCUUCCUUCUGCUGCCACCUGGGCCAGUUCUGGGACUGUUUCGCAGGCCAUCCCUACAAUGACACUAGAAGAGAUCCAGCGAGAAGAAGCUGCCAAAUUGCAUGCUUCCAACUCUGCUGCCAAGCAGAAACCUUCCACGGCAUCGUUUGCAGAGGUGACGGCAAGCAGCGGUUGGAGCACGGUGAGCAGCAAGAAGACUGCGAAGCCGGCGGUUGCCGCGCCAACAAAGACCAACAAGCAGUCUGCGGUGAUUUCGCCGAACGUUCUUAGGUCGGUUUCUGCGCCAGCCGCCACACCGGCCAAAAAACCCGUUGUUGGUAGCACGGUUGCUUCUCCAAAGCCGCAGCCAGUGACAAAUAGCAGCUCGCCAGCAAGAGACUUUUUGGUGUGGUGUAGGACGCAGCUGAGCCAUUUGCACAAGGGCAUCGACAAGGAAGAUAUCUUGUCGAUCAUAAUCCAGUUCCCGACGGGAAGCGAGUCACAGGAAAUUAUUGCUGACACCAUCUACUCCAACUCUGCUACCAUGGACGGCAGGAGGUUUGCCAGCGAGUUUAUGAAACGCAAGGCGGAGGUCGAGAAGCUCGUUAAGGCACAGGGAAUACACUUCAGCUGGGGCGAGGCUCUGAAUGCCAGUGCUCGGGGCCAGGAGGACGAUUUCGACAUGGCAUUUACCAAGGUGGUGAGCAAAAAAAACAGAAGAAAAAACUAGUACAGGUCAUAGCAUGUGAAUAGCAUAGGUAUAAC